AUGAAGCGCUUGUUGUAUCUCCCAGCACCACUGUUGCUGCUUUCCAUGGUCUCUUCCUUUUCCAGUUGGAAGAUUGGAAUUCGAAACUCAUUUCGAACGAGAUUAUCAAUACCGCAACACCAACACCAACAACAGCGCCAACAGCACAAUGCAAUAUCCUUUACGUCGACUAACACGAGACUUCUAGUUUCCAAUACGGAUGACAAUUUUGAGGAACGGCUGCGGAAGGCUUACGAAGAGUGGAGCUUGACGUAUGGCGACACAAUUGAUGAAACGCGCAUGGAAAUAUUUUCCUAUCACUUCUUAAUGGCCGAAAAUUACUUCAAAGAGACUGGAAAUCGCAUCAAGUUAAACGAAUAUGCUGAUCUGACUGCCGUUGAGUUUCAGCGCCUGAAAGAAAUGGGAGGUAUGAUUCAAGAUGUUGGUGGAUCAGACGGAAGCAAUAAUAACAAUCCUCAUUGGGCUCCAGACGAUGCGGCACAAAUGGACUUUUUUGCCAAGCAGACCUCCCAACGAAGACAAACCUUUCAAGAUAAUUCGCAACAAAAUCAACCUGAAGAUCCACAACCGCCACCUGGAUAUUUCUCCAUCUUGCCAACCCCCGAACAACAACAACAACAACAGCAACAACAAGGCGGAGAUCCGAAUAAUCCUACUGGUGCCGGUGGAAUGAACAAUAUGAUGAAUAAUGGUAUGGGUGCGAAUGCUCCUGGUGGUACUGGUGGAAUGAAUAGUAUGAUGAAUAAUGGUAUGGGUGCUGCGACAUAUAGUUUCAACAAUGGUAUUGGUGGUGGUAUUCCAGCUGCUGAGAAUAAUCAUAAUCCUAACAUGGGAAUGCCUGGACUUGGAGGAGGAAAUUCCUCACCACCACCUGGUACAGGAAUGGCUGGUGGCAAUCCCUCUGCGGAGGGAGUGUCCUCCUUUCGCGAUCCCUAUCAGCAACGAUUCACGCAGUCGUAUCUCGACUCGCUCAAUAUACAAGCCAAGGAUGACCUAGUAGAUCAAACGCCAAAUCAAAAUCAACCACCACCGCCGCCGCCAGAACCAACAGGCCAAAAUGGAAUGUACACGUUUGGUGGCGACAAUGAAAAUGCAAAUGUCCAGCAGGAUCCAAACAAAUACAAGCAAUCUGAUUCCUUCCCGCCAGAAAACUCUGAUGAUAAACCUGAACUUCAGGAUCUGAUCAACUCUCGGUACGAUGGAAUUGGAUUUUUGGAAGAUUCGGCCAUGGUGGGGAAUUCUGGGAUGGACUACAAAUUCUUUCCUGCCUUGUCCAAAAUGUACAAUCUUGAUUACCCCGAUCCACAACAACAACAAAAUCGACAACAACAACAACGACAGGAUAUGCCACCGCCUCCUCCGCCUGGCAUGCCUGGACCAAUGGGUGACGGGGGAUUUACUCCACCUCCACCACCAGGAGAGCCAUCACCACAAGAUCGAAGAGAAAAUUUUCUGAAUGCCAUGUCGCAAUUGUAUUCGCAAAUGUUCAAUGAAGAAGGUGGACCACCGGAUGCCGAGACUUUUGAGAUGAUGCAAAAUUUCAUGCAGCAGGCCGCUGGUGGCGGUCCGCCACCCGGUGGUCAAUUUGGAAUUCCUCCUCCCCCAGGUCAAUUUGGGGUUCCGCCACAACCAGGUGCCUUUGGUGGAGGAGUUUCUACCGUUGGCGGCGGCGGUGGAGGAGGUGGCGGAGGUCCCUCUGGCCAGUGGGGUGCUCCCGAAUCUGGGCCACUCCAAACGGACGAAGAUUUGUAUGGUGACAACGAAGCCGCAAUGACGCCCCCACCACCUCCUGUUGAUGAAGAAGAAGAAGUUGGAACGGAAGUCUAUCUUGGAGAAAUGUCAUACAAAAUGACUCGAGGUAGAGUCAUUGAAUGGCUAAAAAACAUUGGCGACGAAGUAGAACGAGGCGAGCCACUCUGUGUCGUGGAAAGCGAUACAUUCAUGAUGGUCGAUGGACAGAAAUAUGCCGAAACUCAUGAUGUGGUGGCACAAGAAGAUGGGUUGUUGGCUGCCAUUUACAUUGAAGUCGGCGAAACGGUACCCGUGGGCUCUGUGCUGGGAGUUGUAGCAGCUGACAUUGCCGAGGCGUCUUUGGUGCGACAAACACUGGAACAGAAGAAGGUGGACUUUGACGAACCAAUUGGAGCUAGAACCAGUACUAGUACUAGCACUAGCAGCAGAAGCGAACCCGAAGACGUCUUCAUCGAUGAAAAUGGUUACCCAGUGGAUGAAGACGGAUAUUUGCUCGAUAGUGUUGAAGUCGAUGCAGAGGGUUAUCCAAUUUACGACUACGUCGAUGGUUACCCCGUUGAUGAAGAUGGAUACGUCAUCGAAGAUCAUGAUGAGUUGGAUGCCGAUGGAUAUCCCAUUGAAGAUGAAUAUGACGAGAAUGGUGGUUACGACUACGAAUAUGAAGAAGGUGGUUAUGAAGAGCAGGGUUGGGGUGAAGAACAACCGGCCGCAGAAGACGAUGGAUUUGGUGCAGAAAGUAUGUACAGUGGACCCGUUGACGACGAUCCAGAUUUGCCUUCAUGGGUACUUGGAGAUGCUCCUUCUAUUGCUCCAGCAAAGGUUGCAAGCAGGUAUCCAGUGAUUCCCAAAAUGAAUCGACCGGCACCACCACCUCCACCUCCCAAGAAGGUUGCAUCACGUCAAACGCCCAAACGAAGCGUGCCAAAGGGUGGACGCCGACCAGGACCACAACGGCCGCGGGGUAGAAUCGAUGAUGUGCGAUCGCCCGCCAGAAAGAACCAAGCAGCUGUCAGAGCGGAAAAGCCCAAGAUUGAAGGUACUGAAUUGACUUUGUCCGAGCUCUCGUACGGAAUGACCAAGGCUACUGUCAUUGAAUGGAUCAAGAAAGCCGGAGACCCUGUCAAGAAAGGUGAACCAUUGGCCGUCGUUGAGAGUGACACGUUCAUGGUGAUUGAUGGACAAAAGUAUGCCGAGAGCCACGAUGUGGUGGCAUCACAAGACGGAAUUCUUGCCGCUACGUACGCUGGAGAAAAGGAAACACUUGAAGUUGGAGCACUUUUGGGUAUCAUUGCCGACAACGAAAUGGCAGCUCGAAAUGUACCACAGUCAAACCCAUAUGGAAGCGGAGCGUCUGUAGCUGCUGCUGAAGGACCAGACAAACCGAUGUCCCGAACGCAGCGCUUCGUAGCCGAUGCAAUCCAGGCAUCGACGGAUCCUGAGCAAAGACCCAGAGGAGCAAACAUGGAUGCUGGAUUCCUCGAUUCCGUCGAACAGGUCGAAGAAGAUGUAAUGGCCCAAAUGGGAGGAGGACCAUCAGAACAACAACAAAAUGACGAAUUUGCAAAACGAUUCAUGUCACAAGAAGAAAGACAAGCAGCCGACUUUGCUGCCGCAGGUUCCUAUGGUGGCGGUGGCGGUGGGGAGCAAUAUAAUAAUGAAGCAAUUGAUGAUCCAGAUUUGCCCUCUUGGGUGCGCGGUGAUGCUCCUUCUCUUGCCCCAGCAAAAGUCGCUAGCAAAUUUCCUGUCAUCCCAAAGAUGGGUCAACCUGGAGGCGGAACAUCCCCAUCGGCCAAUGCCAUUAAAAAAGCUCGAGAGGCCACAAUGCAACAGCAGCAGCAAAGUCAAAUGUACGAUAAGAGUCAAACUCCACCUGGGCGAAUGCCUGCCUCGACUCCCAGAGGUAGUGUUGCGGCUCCUCCUCCUCAGAGACGUGGUGCUCCACCGAAACGACGAGGAGCACCCCCAAAGAGAAGAGGCGAAAGGCCAUCAGGCCGUGGAAGAAUUGAUGACACUCGAGCGCCUUUGAAUCAACCUCAAGAAGACGAAGGUACAGAAAUCGUGCUAUCCGAAUUGUCAUAUGGAAUGAAAAAGGGAAUGAUCAUCGAAUGGCUCAAGAAUGUUGGUGACCCUGUAAAGAAGGGCGAGCCCAUUGCUGUUGUGGAAAGUGACACAUUCAUGGUCAUUGAUACCCAGAAGUACGCUGAGAGCCACGAUAUCCUCGCAACAGAGGAUGGUAUUUUGGCGACCCAGCUCGGUGGUCCAAAAGAGUUGUUUGAUGUGGGUGCUGUAUUGGGGACGAUUGCCAACAACGAGGCACAGAUGAGAAAUAUGCGCCGAUCGUCACCGCCGCCCCCAAGCCAAGCUGAUGCCAAUGGUUACAGUGGCUACGCUGACGCAUCAUCAUUUGUCCCCGAAGAAACCAACGAAGCGGGCGAAAACUACUAUCCACCACCAGAUCCAAGAGAAGCGGCAGCAGCAGGAGGUGACAAUUAUUUGGAUGAUCCAGAUUUGCCCUCGUGGGUUCGUGGCGAUGCGCCAUCCAUUGCUCCUGCCAAGGUUGCCAGCAAGUACCCAGUCAUUCCAAAUAUGCGACGAGGUGCUCCCCCACCACAGAGCACACCCAACCCACCCAGGACUCCUCCGGCCCCUUUAAACGGUGGAACGCAGCGACGUAUUCCUAAGGGAAGAUAUGAUGAUACUCGAGCGAGACCGAAGGAAAUUCGAGUUAUCCCGUCCAAUAAAACACGACCUCGGGGAAGGAUUGAUGACGUCCGUGCUCCAUUAAAUGCAGGAGGUGGAUCAAGUUAUACUGCACCAGAGCCAACCAAUUCAGAUUCGAAACUUUUCCCAAACUUGUCGACACCAAAGAGUCCCAAAUCAACCAAUAGGAUCACACCUAAAGCGACACCUAAAGCGACACAAGCACCGCCACCAGAGGAAACGAGAUUUAUGCCAGAUCUGUCGAGUACGUUGAAACCAAAGAAAAAGAAGACUGUGGAGAAGAAGGGCCCACCAAUUAAGCCACCUGCACCGCCGCCGUCGCCACCACCUCCUACACCAAUAGUGGACACGAAUAAGGAAACUGAAGACUUGAAACCAGAACCUGAGGUUGAGGAGCCUAUCGAGGAACCAGUUGUUGCCGAGGAGGAAAGUAUUACAUCGGAGACUGUUGUCAAAGAAGUGGUUCACGAAGAGACUUUAGAGUCAGCAAAAGAAGAUUCACCAGAACCGAUCAAUGACGAGGGUGUGGACACAGUCGAGGAAGAUGUUGUAGAAUCACUGGAAGACUUGCAACAACAACAAGAAGAUUUGCCAGAACCGAUCAAGGACGAAGGUGUGGACACAGUCGAGGAAGAUGUUGUAGAAUCACCGGAAGACUUGCAACAACAACAAGAAGAUUCGCCAGAACCGAUCAAGGACGAAGGUGUGGACACAGUCGAGGAAGAUGGUGUAGAAUCACCGGAAGACUUGCAACAACAACACAAAGAUUCGCCAGAACCGACCAAGGACGAAGGUGUGGACACAGUCGAGGAAGAUGUUGUAGAAUCACCGGAAGACUUGCAACAAGAACCGGACGAAGAAGAUGUCCAGCCCCCGAUAGUCGAUGAAGAGGAAGGCGAAGAAGCCCUUAUCGAAGAGGAUGCGCAAUUGGAGGCUGGUGGGGAAACUAUGGUGGAUGCUUCGGACGAGAUUGAAGCCAGUAAUGUCGAAGAUACUGAGGACAUUAGUGAUGAUUUGGUUUCUGAAGACAUUAAUGGCGACUAUGUCGACGAAGAUGGUGUUGACAUGGAACUAGAAGUCGAGGAAGAAUCAUCGUCAGACGAAGUAGAGGUGCUUGCGAAUGGCGAAGAGGAUAUCCAAGUCGAAGAAGGGGCAGAGGAAGACGUUGCAAUAGAGGAAGCUGAAGAAAGCAUAGUGGAAGAUAGCGAAAUGAAUGUAACUGCAAAGGUUGACAUUCGCGAUCUGAAAAAGGAAAAUACUUCUCCUCCAAAAGAGACUAGUACAACGGCUGAAACUUUCGACUUCCAGGAAGCCGCCACUAACUCUACUGAUGCCAUGGUGCAAGAGAUUCUAGUGACAGCAAAAGCUCGAACGGCGGCUGAUGAAGCGAAAAUAGAUUUGACCACGCUCAAAGGGACGGGGGAAGAUGGAUGCAUCACCCUAGACGAUGUCAAACUGGCCAUUGCAAGAAAGAAACCAAAAAUAGGGAUUCGCUUUUUGACAGACAAACCGAAGGGACGGCCAAACAAGAAAGACAAAUAA